CGAGUAAAAGGAGUAAGGGAAGACGAACUGAGUGGAUAAAUAAGGAAAAGCGGUACUUUGGAGAGGACCAGUAGGGUGUCGUCAAUCGAUCGGCCGGGAAUCUAGAACCAGCAUGGCGACUGAUCGAUCAGCGGGUUUUGUUGGUUCCGGGAGGGAGAUAGGACAUAACCUCGGAAGCAUCGCACAUCGAGCAGAGCGCAGUCGAGGUGUGCGUGGAUUCGUCUGUUUGAUUCUCCUCGUUACGGAAUUGUUUUUGUUGUUUUUUGGCCGGAGUCCACCACGGAUUCGGUAACAAAGUCCCUGGGAUGUGGGGGAGGGUUGGAAGCGGAAGAGGGGGGAGGAGACGAUGGGUAGGAAUCAGUCAAAGGACUAGGACAAGCCAGGGUUGGACGCUCUGCGACCCAGGUAUUUUUAGUGUGUAGCUAUGGGAAGCGUAGCUAUGAUUCGAGCGCUGCGGCGGCUAUGUGGAGGGGGAGGGUUGGAAGCGAGAGAGCAGCUGCAAUCUAGAAGCUGUUGUCGCGAAUAAUGAGUCCGUUGUUCCUGUAAGCUGGGGGGGAUUAGAAGGUUUAUCCAGCUGGGGAUUACCUGCAAUCAGGUUUUCUGGUGGGAGCGGUGAAUGCUUCGGGCGGGUGGUAGGAGGGAGGUUGAGGUGGGAUUUUAGGAAGACGAGAUGAGUGAUCCAUAUGGGAGGAGAUUGUUGGUGGAUGAUUUCCACGUGGGUCCCGUGCUGGGUACUGGGGGGUUUUCGGUGGUGAGAGCUGGUGUGCGGAAGCAGGACAAUCUUCAGGUUGCUAUCAAGACGCUGAAGAAGUUCGGCUACGGGAGAGGGGACCAUGGCCGGCCCGGCGCGCAAAUGUCGCAGGCGGAGGCGCUGGUGAAGAAUGAGAUUAUGGUCAUGAUGCGCAUUGUGGACGAAGUGUCGCCUCACCCCAAUGUGAUUCAUCUUAUCGAUGUGUAUGAGGACGACGGAGCAGUGCAUUUGGUGCUGGAGCUCUGCAGAGGGGGCGAGCUGUUCGAUCGCAUAGUCCAGCACGAGCGAUACUCGGAGCGAGACGCCGCGAAAGUCGUGCGUCAGAUUGCGUCAGGGCUGGCCGCACUGCACCAGGCGCAGAUUGUGCACCGGGACCUAAAACCGGAGAACUGUUUGUACGUGAACCCCUUGGCAGAGGCGCCGCUCAAGAUCAUGGACUUCGGCUUAAGUUACAUUCACCAUAACACAAAUUCGAUUGUGGGUAUCUUUGGGUCGAUUGAUUACAUGGCCCCUGAACAACUCAGUCUGUCUGGCAUAAUGCCUGCCAAUGAUAUGUGGUCGCUCGGGGUGAUCCUCUAUAUUCUCCUAUGCGGGUAUCCUCCAUUUCGUGCUAGGUCUAGCCGUGACAAGCAGAUGCAAAUCCUAACGGGAUCAUACAGCAUGGAAGAAGAAAGUUGGAGAGGUAUUUCUCAUGAAGCGAAGCAGCUCAUUAGAAGGUUGUUGUCGGUGGAUCCGUUUGCGCGUCCCACUGCUCGAGAGUUAUUGUCACACCCAUGGGUGUCUGGAGAUAUAGCAAACAGGGACCUGCUUCACAAAGACGUUUUCAUGCGCUUACAACACUUCAAUGCCCGACGCAAGUUUCGGGCUACAGCCUAUGCCAGCAUUGUGAGAACAAAGUUUCUGCUGCGCACCAGAUAUUUGAAGGAGCUUCUUGGAGACCGUGUUCUUACUGAUUCUGAGUUGGAAGCUUUGCGUGUAAAUUUCAUGCGUAUAUCUUCAAACGGACAGACGGCUACGCUUAAAGAGUUUGAAGAAGUUUUACGCUCCAUAAACUUGCACUGCUUCGUGCCACUUGCUCCUCGCAUUUUCGAGUUGUUCGACUACAACCACGAUGGCGGGAUAGAUCUGCGCGAAGUGGUCUGUGGAUUCUCUCUUUUGCGAACAUCACAUCUAGAUGAUGCCUUACAAAUGUGCUUCAAGAUCUAUGACAGAGACGAUUCUGGUUACAUUUCUAAGGGUGAACUGGCUCGAGUUCUUGGGGCAUUGCCAGAAGACUACCUCCCAGCAGAUAUCAGUCAAGUGCAGAUGGACGAUAUCUUUGAGCAUGUCGAUACCGACAGUGAUGGUCGCAUCAGCUACCAGGAAUUUCGACGAGCUCUCUCUUUACAAGAUGCUGUCAUGAAUCAUUUUCGUAUGGAGGGUCAGGUCCAGUGAAAUGCGCAUUCAUAAACACAUUCUUUUUGAAGGACUUCGUGAUAGUCUGAUACUAACGAACAAAAUGUACUCGCAGUAUUGACACAAUCACGAGAUUUUUGGCUUGUAAAGUUGAGCUGGAACCCUCUGAUUCUUGAGGAGUUGUGCUUCUAGAUGUCAUUUGAAGUGACGUCGAAUGUGAAAUGAAACUGCUGUAGAUUCGUCUUAGCCUGGUGUAAAUAUGGUGUGCAUGUGUACUCAAUUAGCUUGAAGGAAGGAACAAUCAAUUUGACUGAAUACAAGAACAAGAAAUUUUCUUUUCAGCCAGUUGGGCAAGGAAA